AGUCACAAGUCUUCUUUGUUUUUUUUUCUUCUUGCUUCUAAAGAUGAAGAAGUUUUUCGAUGACAUUAAGAAGGACAUGAAAUUUAAAUCGGCGGGUCCUGGGAAGAAGCUUACGGAAGACAGCAGGCAUGUAGCAGAGACAUGACACAACAGGCGCAAAGGCACAAAGAAACACAACAUUCAACGGGACAUCAUGCUGCGCCCGACAGAGACCAGAGGAGUUCCGGUGCCAAGCAGCAGCACCGAGAUGCACCCAGUGAGGGAUCCCAAAGGGCAGGAGCAGCAGCUCUGGCCAGGAUCGAACAGCAGCGGCGGCCCAAGGUCCACACCUCCCAGGAUGCCAUCAGAAACCAGGUGAAAAGAGAGCUGGAGGCGGAGGCUUCUGCACUGGCUGAUCAAGACAAAGCUGAGACUGCCGAGGGAACUGACGUAGCCUCCAAAGACCGUCCGUGUCUCUCGGUGUCAGGUGUGUAUUUCACCUGUCCGUUGACAGGAGCCACUUUAACCAAGUUGCAGAGGGAUGUCCACAUUAAAGAAGCCAUUUUAAUGCGCUUUGAAGAGGAUGCGAUCGAGGCGUCUGUGAUGAUGAUCUACACUUUCAACAAAGACAAAGAGAAAGUGAAGGCUGCAGUGGACAUCAUAAGCAAGUAUGUUGAAAACAUAUGCAAGAAUCCUUCAGAUGACAAAUACAGGAAGCUUAAACUCAGCAACAAAGUAUUUCAGGACAAAGUACGGGGUGUGGAGGGCAGUCGAGAGUUCCUGCAGGCCCUGGGCUUUACCAGCACCAUGCUUCCUGUGGACGGUCAAGAGGAGGACGAGGAGUUCCUGGUCUUGCCAGAGCAGAGUCCAGAUGCCCUGGAGCUGAUGAAGGAGCGGCGUGAUCGUCUCCAGCGCGGCGAGCCGGUUCGAGCUCAGCUGGACCGACAGGCUCAAGCUUUCCGAGCGUCGGACGGCGCCACGCGCUUCGAGUUGCCGCCAGAGUUCUACAGCCUGACUGCGGAGGAGCUGAAGCGGGAGCAGCAGCAGAGGAGUGAUUUGGUGGAGAAGAACUCGAUGCUCCGUACCAAGGCCAUGAGGGAACGAGACGAGCAGAGGGAGAGGAGGAAAUACAACUACACGCUGCUGCGGAUCAGACUUCCUGAUGGAAACCUGCUGCAGGGGACCUUCUACGCCUGGGACCGACUCUCGGUGCUGUUUGCCUUUGUGCGAGACUCCCUGGUUGACGGCUGGCAGCCCUUUGAGCUCAUCGCUCCGGGAGGUCACAAACUACACGAGUCAUCAGACGUUGCUCUCGCUGAGUGCAACCUGGUCCCUGCAGCUUUGCUGUCCUUGGCCUGGGAUGGCGCCGUGCAGGCGGACAUUGCAGCCGCAGGUGGAAAACGCUCAGACCUUCUCAAACCAGAGCUGGUGCAAAACAUUCGGACGCUGAGCUGAGCAUCUCCACACUGAAACGGACCCUCAUCAACUGACUCGUUGUGCGCGUACUUAUUGUUACUUGUCCACAAAUGCUAACAUCUGGUAGCGUCACCCAAACGGAGCCGUAGUGUCUGCAGCUGGAUGAAGGUGAAAUACAAGCUACUGGAUCUGGAACCUCUUCCACCAAGAGCCAACCGUUACAUCAUUACAUAUGCUAGCUGGGAAAAUACUCCCAACAAUUGCUUUCAACACAACAGAGCGAAGAAGUGUUAGGUCAAGCAUAGCCGCCUCUGUUCCAGCUCUAAAUCCUUUUACACAGCAUGUAAAAGCUGGCCUUUUUCCUGUGUCGGCGCAGGUAAAAGGAAGCAACACCUCCAGAAGUGACAUUUGACUUUUCCCGCAUUGUUGGAUACCAGGUCACAACAAUGGCAUCUGAAAGGAAGAAUGCCGAGUGGACUCCCGUGUGAAGGGAUCAAGGCAAGCUGCUCUGAUGUUGGCAAUGACGCCCACUUUGAAUUACUAAAAAGCACUCUGACCCUCCCCCAAUUAAGAGUUGUACUGGUAAGAGUCAAACGCUAAGUAACUUGUUGGCUCAGGUAGGCUUGUAGAAGCGUACAGCUGGAUGCAGUGUGAGUAAAUGCUUCUUAUGUGCUCCAACAAACUACCUCUCAUUCCUCAUCUUUCUCCAGCACUCCGCAGAUCUACAAAGUUCCAAAACGGUCAUGUAUUCUUUGCUUCUGUCUUUGUUGGUUCUGCUUGUACAUAAUAAAGGUGGCUUGCAAUGCAUCAAACACCUGCACUACACUGGG